AUGCCGAAGAUCGCAUUGCUGUGCCUCGUCGCAUUGUCAGGGGCGUGGGGCGGCCAGGGGGAGUCGUCCGAUAACUCGUACGCGGUCGUCGACCGGACGCUGGUCGAUGAUCUGCAGAGCAGAGUCUCGAGUCUCGAGCGGAGGUUGAGGGCCAUCGAGCAGCCAGUUUGGCAGAUUAGUGGUGCCAGCGAGAAGUGGGACGUGUGCGCAGAGGGUCCGUGCAAGUGUCGGAUGGAAACCAAGUCCUUGUCUUGCUGUGGAUUAGAUCUGGCAGAUCUGCCGGCCACUCAGCUGGUGCCCAAGGAUGUUUUGAAAUUAGACUUAAGUAAUAACCAACUUACGGCUCUACAUAAAGCAGCUUUUAAUUAUCUGAAUCGAUUGAUUUACUUAGAUAUCAAUCACAAUGCAAUCGAACAUUUACCGAUUAGUUUAUUUUAUCAACUGCACAAUGUAACCCACGUGAGACUGAGUAAUAACCAUCUGAGAGAACUGGAUAAAAAUCAGUUGAUUCGCUUACGGAAUUUGGAAAUACUCGAUCUAUCCUCAAAUAAAUUACGCAAGCUGCCUGAGAAUCUGUUCAGCUUUAAUACUGCCCUGGCGAUCUUGGACCUCUCCGCAAAUCGGAUUUCUACCUUGGCUUCCGCAGCCUUCGAUGGCCUAAGGACUCUAGACGAGCUGCUCUUGUCGAGAAAUCAGUUGAACAACUUACCCGACGACGCUUUUACUGGCCUCUUCAACUUACAGCGACUCAGCCUCGAGGAAAAUCAGCUGAGCGAAUUACCCCCGGGUAUAUUCGCGGCCCUGAAUUCACUGAGGGAGUUAAACUUGCGCAAUAAUCGCCUACAGAGUUUGCCCAGUAAUUUGCUGGCGCCGCUCGCUCGACUCCAACUGCUCGACCUCUCGAGCAAUAAGAUUACACACAUAAGUCCAAUGGCUUUUCAUGGUCUCGAGUCAUUAAGGGAGCUCGUACUUGGCCAUAAUUGCUUGAAAAAAUUCAGUCGCGGAGUUUUCCAGCCACUGGGUUCGCUCGAGCGCCUCGUCCUUCAUGCCAACGGUUUACAGCUACUCGAAGCCGAAGAUCUCGCUGGCUUGGGAAAUCUUACGACCCUAUUCGUACACUCGAACCACCUGCGGCUUGUACAUCCUGCUUCCUUCAGGGACACACCGCGUCUGCGCAAGCUCCAACUGGAGAGCAACUUCCUGAAUCACCUCCCGAAAGGCCUAUUCGAUCGAACGGCCAACCUGUCGCAGCUGCGCUUAUCGCGCAAUCCCUGGCACUGCGACUGCGCCUCCUCCUACCUCAGCGGAUGGCUGCGCAAGCGAUAUCAGCAGCAUCUGCGCGCCGAUAACGGCGACGACAACAACGAUACGACGACAGCUACGAACUCGAGGGAGUGGGAGUUGGACGCCGGGGCCGUGUGCAAGACUCCGGGGAUCCUCGGCGGCAAGCCGCUCGCGAUGUUGACGUAUCGCGAACUUUGCGACGGCCAGUGGGCCUCGAUGAAGGGCCUCACGCCCAGGCUCCCCUUGCCCCACGAGCUCGUCAACAGACGCGGGCCCUUGGAUGUUAGUAUUUCAUGGCCGAGUGUCACUGAUUAA